AAAGUACAGUACGCUCUCAGAAGGUAUUAAAGGCAGGGACGUGGGAUUCAGCGGAGUCGCAUCAUCGUUAACUCACUCACAGUUGCCCAACAGCCUCGCAACAUUCUCCGCUGCGAAAAAGCACCUCCCAUCUUCGAGAAUGCCGUUGCAAACGAAAUUGACAAAGGCGUUGGGCAUAUUGCAUCCCAUAGUCCAGGGAGGAAUGCAAUGGGUCGGCACGGCCGAAAUGGCUAGCGCAGUCUCGAACGCGGGUGGAUUGGGUAUGCUCACCGCGUUGACCCAGCCUUCCCCGGACGCUCUGCGGAAGGAAGUCGCCAGGUGCCGAACGAUGACCUCGAAGCCUUUCGGAGUGAACAUCACCUUCCUGCCGUCCAUCAACCCUCCCCCAUACGAAGAAUACGUCACGGCAAUAAUACAGGAAGGAAUCAAAGUCGUUGAGACGGCUGGCAACAAUCCUGGUCCCCACGUUAAACGGUUCAAGGAGGCUCGCAUCAUGGUCAUCCACAAAUGCACCAGUAUAAGACACGCAUUGUCCGCCCAAAAACUUGGUGUGGACUUCCUUUCGAUCGAUGGAUUCGAGUGCGCCGGCCAUCCAGGAGAGGACGACAUCGGCGGUCUUGUGCUUCUCGCCAAAGCAGCCAAGACGCUCAAGGUUCCAUAUCUCGCCAGUGGUGGAUUUGGUGAUGGGCGUGGACUCGCCGCGGCGUUGGCAUUGGGAGCUGAGGGUAUCAACAUGGGCACCCGCUUCAUGUGCACACAGGAAGCUCCAGUCCAUCAAUCCGUGAAAGACGCGAUCAUCAAAGCGACCGAAAAGGACACCAACCUCAUGUUCCGCACCAUGCACAAUACCGCCCGCGUUUUCAAAAACGCCGUAUCUUCCGAGGUUCUCUCCAUCGAAAAGCGACCAGGGGGUGCACAGUUCUCGGACAUCCAGCAUCUGGUUUCGGGGCAACGGGGUAGACAGGUGUUCACGAAGGGCGAUACUGAAUAUGGCGUAUGGACGGCGGGACAGGUUGUUGGGCUGAUUGAUGAUUGUCCGCCGUGCAAGGAUCUUUGCGAGAAGAUUGUGUCGGAUGCGGAGGAGAUCAUCACUAAGAGGCUGGGCGGGAUGGUUGUGUCGAAGAGCAAGUUGUGAUGCAUAUGCAUCUCUUCGACGAUGAGGGUUACUGCUGUGUGUCGGCCAUCGGGACACUCGGCGGGAAACCCUCUGGGGGCCUCUGGGGAAAAACAAUCCGGCUUAGCUAGUUAUGACAUUUCAUAGGCGGUGCGCGCGGAUAGAACAGACGUACUGACUAAUGAUUGCAAUGAAUAGACCAGGUAUAAGUAAAUAU